AUGUCUCCGUACUAUGGCCCUACCCCCGAGUCACCGUCUGAAGUAAUGCUAGAAAGGACUUUCCUCAGUGCCGGGUAUCUGACUGGCUUUGGAUUCGGUGUCCAACUGGUGAUCUACUGUGCUUGCAUUUACACACUGUGGACGAAGCAGCAGAGUGCGCGAUCCACCAAGAUCUUCAUUCCGUACCUGACUCUUCUGUGCCUACUCAACUUGUUAUGGACGGCUACCUCUGCGUACGGGUUACAGCUCACCUUCAUCGACAACAGAAACUACCCGGGAGGAGUAAUUGGCUUUUUGGGCAUCGAGUUCGCUCUUCCAACAAAUGUAGCGUCAACAGCUUCAUACAUCGCGUCUAAUCUUCUUGCCGAUGCACUCAUGGUUUGGAGAUGUUACGUUGUAUGGUCAGCCGCUCCCAAUACAAAGAGGGCAACUACCCUCGCUGCCAUUGCUCUGCCGUCCUUUAUGUUCUUGGGCUCUUUGAUUCUGGCCAUACUAUUCGCGCUACAAACAACAGGACCUGAAGGUCUAUUCUCAUCCAUCACGACUGCAUUCGGAACACCCUUUUUCGGUCUAUCAAUGGUUCUGAACAUGGUGAUUACAGCUCUGAUUGCUGUCAGGAUUUGGGAUUACCGCCGACGGGGACAGGUCAGCUCAACCUAUGGCGAUAGCAAAAUUUCGUUUGGUGCCAUCUUCAUUGAGUCUGCGGCCCUCUACUCCAUAAUUUCCCUGUUGUUGGUCGUCACGUUUUCUAUUCAACACCCAAUCAACCAAAUAUGGCUGGGACUCGCUCCCGCUACUCAGCUCGUCGCAAACUACCUUAUCAUUUUGAGGAUUGCCUACGGCACGGCCCUGGCUAGAGACUCGGAUAGCACCACUACGACUAGCACGGAGGGGUAUGGUGGUAGCGAGGAAGAGAAACCACUGCCGCCUUAA